UGAUUUCAAAUCCGUGUUUUAAUUUGGUCACACUGGGUUCAAGAUGCACGUUGAGGAGCAUAAAAAUGUAAACAGUGCCAAAAAGGCCGAUAAAAAGCAACGCAGAUGCCUGGCAAUCAUCAAAAGUGACUGCCAAGUGUCCUCCAGUGAGGAGCCCACCAUAUACCUAGCUGUCCUCAACGUGGGCCUCAGCAAUGGACUCACAGAGGAGUGCCUUCUGGAUGCGACAUCAAAGACAGGUGGAAAAGUCACGGAGGUAGUAAUGCUGCCCGGAAAAUCCUACUGUUUCUUGGUCUGUUCCACCCUGGAUGAUUCCCGGCUCAUAUACCUGGGUAUGCACAAUAUCUCAACCAUUGGACAGCAAGGAGCAGUCGCUUACCUGAGUUAUGUGAAGGAAUUACCGGCUCUGGCGGGGAAAAGUGACUGGAAUAGCCCACUUCCCAACGGUCUGCAAGUAAUGCCCGACUUUGUAAGCGAACAGGAGGAAUCAGAGCUGCUUAAGUCGAUUUCUGAGGAUGGAAGAAGCACCGAAGGCGGUACCCUAAAGCAUAGAAAAGUGAAGCACUUUGGUUAUGAGUUCCUUUAUGGCAGCAAUAAUGUGGAUCCUUCGAAACCAUUAGAACAGCCCAUACCAUCUGCCUGUGAUAUUUUAUGGCCUCGACUUGAAAGCACUGCCUCUACCUGGGACUGGAGUACUCCGGACCAGCUGACGGUAAAUGAAUACGAACCGGGGCACGGCAUACCUCCUCAUGUUGAUACCCAUAGUGCCUUUUUGAAUCCAAUAUUAUCCCUAUCUCUGCAAUCCGAAGUGGUGAUGGACUUCCGACGAGGAGAGGAGCAUGUUCAGGUUAGACUGCCACGUCGUUCCUUGCUGGUAAUGUCCGGUGAGGCCCGCUAUGAUUGGACUCAUGGUAUCAGACCAAAACACAUCGAUGUGGUGCCCAGCGCAUCAGGGGGACUGACCACGCAGCCUCGAGGAAAGAGAACUUCUCUGACCUUCCGGCGCUUGCGGAGAAGCCCCUGUAACUGUGCUUAUCCCACUCUUUGUGACACGCGACAAACGAAAGCACCACUGGAGCUAUCUUCCACUCUGGCAGAGCAAGCUGUUAGUUUGGAGCAGCAAAAUGUCCACGAAGUCUACGAUAAAAUAGCAGAUCACUUCAGUGAAACAAGACACUCGCCCUGGCCACAAGUUGCCCAAUUUCUGGAGAGCUUUGAGUCGCAAUCUGUGGUACUAGAUGUCGGCUGCGGGAAUGGAAAAUACCUCGGGUGUAAUCCCCAGAUUCUAACCAUAGGUUGCGAUCGGGCGCAAGGUCUGCUGUCCGUGGGUUGCAGUAAAGGACAAAACGUAUUCCGUUGCGACUGUCUCAGUGUUCCAGUGCGCACUUCCAGCAUCGACGGGUGCAUAAGCAUAGCCGUGAUCCAUCACUUGGCCACAGGAGAGCGUCGUUUGGCUGCUUUGCGAGAAAUGGCAAGGGUUCUGCGUCCUGGCGGACGGGCUCUGGUCUAUGUGUGGGCCAAGGAUCAACGCCGAAAUGACAAAAAGUCCGCUUACCUCAGACAGAACAAGGCUGUCAACAAGGAACGUACCACAGAGCAACUACAGCGUCAAAAGCAGCAACAUGAACUGGAGCAGCUGCCCAAUAACACUCCACUUCCGGUGCACACCAAUCGCACUGAGUUCCAACAGCAGGAUGUUCUGGUGCCAUGGAAAACGAAGGACGAACAACGGACCACAUUCCUGCGAUACUAUCACGUCUUUGAAGAACAAGAACUGGAGAAUUUGGUGUCGCAGCUACCAGAGGUUCAGUUAAUAAAGAGCUACUACGAUCAGGGCAAUCAUUGUGUUAUCUUCGAGAAGAUCUCCCAAGGCACCGCAUGAGAGUGUUACAUUUAUGUAAUUCGUUUAUUUGAUUUCAAAAAAUACACAUUCACACAGUU